CCCUGUUCCACAAAUAGUAGAGCACUGUGUACAUCCAUCUGUGAAAUGUCGAUAUCAUCGCUGUUGUUAUUGGUAUGGAGCUGAGAUAUACACAGUGUAAAGGACCCGAUCGAGGUGACAAUGAUAGCAUGUUGGCGAUACGGCGUGCUAUUUUGCAACAGUUUCCUGAUAUUUGGAGGUUAUUAUUUUCUGCAAAUCCCAAUCAGUCUACAAAACGAGAUCAUGAAUAGUCAUUAUUCUUACAAUGUAUCAAACCACACGGAGGACCAGGCCAACUGUAACGUGUGUCUCGGUCUGGGAGAGGUCCGGUAUAACAUAUUAUUCUCCAUUGCCAGAUGGACUUCAGUCGUCAUUUGUCUGCCUUUCGGAUUCCUCAUUGAUAGACUUGGAAAUAGUCGUUCUGCGAUUCUGUUUAGCAUUAUGUGCUUGCUUGGGUCAGUCCUCUUCACCGUCGGGACCAUGACGCAUCCUGCGACAACUCCAAGUUACGUACUGAUGGUGGUGGGGUUCGCCUGUCUGACUGUUGGAGAUGGGCCUCUACGUUGUGUAGCAUCCUGUGGAUUUGGGGUUUUGUGUGCAGUUGGUUUAGUGUUUCUUCUUCAACGACAAACACCACAAGAAGCAGAUGAUUAUCAAAAAAACACAAUAAUGACACUUGCAGACUUUCGGGCGCUACCGGGGUCGUACUGGCUGUGGAUACUUGCAGUUUCGUUAUAUUCUGCGAGUUGGAUUCCUAAACAAGCCAAUUUGCCAGAUUAUUUACAGUUACGUCAUGGUUAUACGAUGAAUGAGGCAAGCUACCUAACCGGUUUAUCUCCAAUUAUGUUCUUUCUGAGUCCUCUCGUAAGUCUAAUACUGAAGAGGGUCGACUGUGACGGGAUAGUGACCAUAGUUUUCAUAGCGUGGAUGGUGCCUGUGUAUGCCCUCCUUGGAUUCUGUCCAGCUAUCAAUGUUAGUGUUCUAAUCUUGGCUGACGGGAUAAGCACUGUCAUAGUUUCUAUUAUGAUGUGGCAGCUCAUCGUGGUCCUGUGUCCUGCUUCAAAUGUAGGGACCCUUUCGGGGUUGAUGUUCUUAUUGAGGACUGCAAGUAUCGCGCUGUCAUUUGUUGCAUCUGGACAUAUACUGAAGAGACAUAACGUGAUUGACGUGGAAAAUGCACAGUACAAUUACCAGCAUUGGUUCAUUAUGUUGAUAAUCAUAACCUCCGCGGGAGUCAUCUGUGGAACAAUGAUGAAUGUACUGGAUAUCCGAAAG